AUGCCUCUGAAAGUGAGAAAAGAAUUAUAAAUUUAAAUAAUAUAAAUGAUUAUAUUUGUGAUUUGCUUUUUGUUUUUAAUAAAAGGAAAACCUGAUUAUUCAGGAUAAUUGGAUACAAAUAUAGAAUAGUAGAUAAAAUUAGAUAAGUCAUCAAAAGCAAAUAGUAUAAUAAUAAAAUUUUAUGUGUCUUCAUCAAAAGCAGUUUGUUUAGUAUCAUAAUCAAGUUUAGAAUAAGUAGCAAUUACAGAUUUAAAUGAUCCAAAAAAUGAAUCUUUUGCUUAUGAUUAUUAGGGUUAUUAAGCUAAUUCUGUUUAUUAAUUAGUAGAAAUAGACUUUUAUUAGCUUUUAUAUAUAAGAUGCUUACAAUCUGAAUAAAUUAAUGAAAAAAGUUCAUAUGAAUUAUAUAUUACAGAAAGACCAUUUAUAGAAUCUUGUAUUAAUGAUUGUAAUGGAUAUAAUUAUCUUNGUUAACUUGAUAUGGAAAUAUUGAAAAUUUGA